UCAUAAUCAUACCAAAAUUAUCAACAUUCUCUUGUACCCGGGUGAGUCAAAGAACAAGGACCACGUUGUUAAUUGUUCUUGGUUACAACAUGGGUGCUACCACUAUGGUCCGAGGAGGUGUUACCAGAUUUCUACCCGGUUUCCCAAGGGAUUCGGGGUGCCACAGCCUCGUACCUCAAACCUCAUGUCUCGGUGAUGUGGAGUUUGAGUUUCUCGACGAUGGUGACAUGAUGUUUGCCACAAGUUCAAGUAGCGAUGAGUUUCAAUCGAAUGAAAUGGAAUUGGAUUUGGAUGAAGAUGAUGAUGAGAGUGUUGGCAGCGUCGUGGAGAAUAAAAGCUUUUGGGACAAUCAACACCAGAUUUUGCAGACCAACCUAUACAGAACUGGUUCUUUAGAGUCAAGGCUAAGGAAUGCUACCAAGGAAGCGGUUCGUGACAUACAACAAAACACAAAAAUGGUUUGCAGUUGCAGUACACAGAUUACUGUCAGAUCCACCUGUCGAAACUGCUUGUUGUUACAAGUCUCUAGGAGGCUUCAGAAUGCCGGUUACAACAGUGCCAUUUGCAAAACUAAAUGGAAAACUUCACCAACUAUUCCUUCAGGCGAACAUACUUUUCUAGAUGUAAUAGAUAGAACAAACAAAAAGCAAGAUGUUAGGGUGAUCAUAGAACUAAACUUUCGAGCAGAGUUUGAGAUGGCAAAGGCAAGCGAAGAGUAUAAUGGGCUUGUGAGGAAACUACCGGAGGUGUACGUGGGGAAAGUAGAGAGAUUAAGCAACAUCAUAAAGGUGUUGUGCAUGGGAGCGAAAAGGUGCAUGAAGGAAAACAAAAUGCACUUGGGACCGUGGAGGAAGCACAAGUACAUGGAAGCUAAGUGGCUAGGACCAUGUAAAAGGGACACCUCAACAACUUUUCUUUCAAUUGGAUAUUCCGAGGUCAUGAUGCCAAAACCUAAGGCUAAGGCAUCACUGCUAACAGUGGAUCUGCUAGAGAAGCUUCCCAAUAUGCACUGCACAGCUGUUGAAGUUUUAUAAUUGAAAUUAAGAUAGAAUUUUUUUUCUUCCUUAUCUUCCUCUAUAUAUCUCUUGUUGGUGACAAAUUAAGGACUAGUGAAUCAGAUGUAUCCAUACACUUGUACAAAUGAUUUAACUCGUAGAAAUAGGUGGGCACUUCAUAGAUGUCCUGAAAAUUAAACAUGUGCCUAUUUUUGUUGAUUGAUGUGUUGCUUUGCACAUAUACUCGCCUUGGUUAAUCCUACUUUGCCAAUUAAUCUACGGAAGAGAUCUACCUAA